CGUGCAUCUAUUGAUAUAUGGUGAGAUGUGUGGUCGCGACCAUGGUUGAUCGGGCUUGACAGUAAUGCCGCGAUGAGCGAAGCGCGAAGCGCACAGAGCAUUGUGCGCAUGUCACCCCGAGAGUGGGCCAGGACCUAUACGAUUGACAAGCGCACGCUGCGCUUCUGUCAUUGGUAAGGGGCAGUGGACAGGAGAGGGGGCGAUUUGAGAAGGGAUCGGCCAGAGAGAGAUGGAGGAUGAGCCCAAUCCCUGGAGGGGAUGGACUUCGGAAACAGGGUUAUUGUUCCCGCCCUCUCUCUUCCGCUCUCUAUCGCCGCUACUCUUGCAUGCUUCAUCACGUCGAUCUGUCUGUCACUGCGGCAAUUUGGUGCCAAACCGGUCCCAUUCGGCUGAACCAGUGCUUGACUUGACAAGCAAUAUCGUUUGCUCCGCCUUCUGCUGCCAUUGGUCUGAAUUUGUCGGUGUACCUGUGAAGGCCGUGCGAGCGGCGUGGCAGGUUAGCGAGGGUGCGCGGGCGAAACAUGUGCUCCCAGCCGGCCGCGCAGCUCCUGGGUCGAGGGGGCGGGGGGCGUGUGCAAGCGGGCAGUCCACAAGCGCAGAGUGGCUGCGGCUGCCUGUGGCGCUCCAGGGAGGGCUUGGCUUUUGGCGCGUCUCGUCUUCGGCGGAAGCUGGCGGAAGGCCUCCCGGAUCCAGCGGACGUAGAGUGAGGGUGUCUCCGUCGACGGAAGUUGGUGGAAGGCUGGCGGAAGGCAGCGGAGUCAAAAGUGGCACGGAAGCAUUGUUGGAUUCCGGGCUUCUGGAGUCGGGCAAGGACUUGGAAGUGCGCUGGCUGCGUGGUCUCGACGCGGCGGCGACCCUGGUGCUGGCGUUCAAGGUUGAGCGACGCCAGUGGCCCGGAAUCGGCCGAGAUCGAACGAUCGGCGUAAUGGGAGCGGCUCGCAGUAAGGUGGUGGUAGCAGCCGCCGACCUUCCAGAGACCCUUGCCCUGGAGAAAUGCGCGCAGCUCGCACACGAACGCUCAGAACUUCUCCUUGCAGAAACCCGCGAUCGUUCAAGGUUGAAUCAUCCAUGUCAGAAACCCGCCUUGCCUAGAAGUGCGCUGGCCGUGCCCAGCAGCGUGUGUCCUGGAGAUACUGUGGGGCCCAACCUCUGUUUCGACACUUGUGGAUGCUGUUGCGGAUUCGGGCGCCCGCGGGCGGCGCAGGAUGCGUUCCCCUGUUGCAGCAGGUGCGGGUGCGGUUGCAGGCGCGGUUUCGGGUGCGGGUGCGGGUGCCCGCGGGCGGCCCGACAUGUGUUCCCCAGUAGCGGGUGCGGGCGUGGGUGCGGAUGCGGUUGCGGGUGCGGUUGCGGGUGAGGGUGCCCGCGGGCGGCCCAGCAUGUGAUCCCGGGAUGCGGUUGUGGUUGCGGGCGCACGCGGGCGGCCCGACAUGUGUUCCCCGGCUUGUCUUUUGACGUCAGUCAGUCGUUCAGUCUGUCAGUUAGCCACAGGCCAGCACGAAGUUACGCCCAGCCCAGCCGAGACAACCAGACCGAGUGUGGCCCGUACGUCCUCAGAUUUCAAGGCUCCCCGCGCACUCCAUCUUCUAUCCCGCUCAACGUCGCGGGAGGCUUUGGCGCCAGCGACGGGCCGCCGCGCGGGACGACGCACCGCGUGUCCACAGAGCCCCCGCCGCCGGCCGCGCCGCCCCCGACCAGGUCGUAUCCGACGGGCGAGUGACGGGGGUGCCUGCGAUCGUGGAGGACUUGUGGCCGCCCUCCGACGGAAA